AUGUCGCUUCCGAGCAUCGGGUCCGUGGGAUCGGACAGGAUGGCAGCGUACAUGCACGGGCAACAAGUUUACACAGGCCAGUUUGGUGACCCAAACUUGACACCGCCGCAGUCAGAAACACAGAUGUCGGCCCAAGCAUCUGCACAAGCAGUGGGACAAGAACCAGAAUCCGAUUAUAAACUCGUAAUACGUCAGGAACCUCAAAGAGCUCGGGUAGCACAGGGGAAGGAGAAGGGAACAGACCGAAAGCCGAUCGAUCCCCCGCCCAUUGUCCAACUGAUCAGGACGGCUCGGAGCGACCCUGCUCAAAUAUAUCUCCAAAGCCCUUAUUAUUUUAUGGCGUGCACGUUAAUCAAAGGGAGCGAUGACGACCCCGAUCCGAACCCGAACUCGAUGCUAGGCACAUUAGUUUCCUCCCUCCACAAGCUCCGAGACCUCAACAAUGAAGACGGCGGGUUUUUCAUCUUUGGCGACCUCUCGAUCAAGAUCGAAGGAGUGUUUCGGUUACAGUUUACUCUGUUCCAGAUGAAGGACUCGACGUGCGUUUUUCUGGACUCGGCUACGUCACAGCCUUUUACGGUUUACCCCCAAAAGAACUUUGAGGGUAUGGCCGAGUCGACCUUCCUCACGAGGUCGUUUAGCGAUCAAGGCGUAAGGUUACGGGUUAGGAAAGACUCGAGAGCAAUGACGACGCGCAAGCGAAACCAUCAACACGCAGAGGUUGCCAAGAAGCACUCGGAGUGGGAUAGGAAGCAGACAUCGGUUGUAUCCCGGCACAGCAGCAUCAAUGACAACGACAGCACGCCGACGGAUGCGCGCGGGCCGGGAUCUUUUGCUGGUGCCGGCAGCAGCGGGUAUUACGACCAGCAUCGCUCGCACUACGGCGAGGCGUACGGCCACGACACGUACUACAACGCGGGGCGGGCAGUCAAACGCCAAAGACAUGAGGUCAGCCCAGGGCAGUAUGCGCUACCUGACAUAGCCCAGCAAACAUACGCCCCGAGGCAACCAUCAUUUUCCGACUCGGUCGCUUCCAUGUCGAUGCCGCCCGUGACUACGGGGGCGCCGUCACUGGCGGGCAUCAACCCAAUGAGCAGCCACCAUGGGUAUACGGGAUCCGCACAUCCUGGCUUUGCGCCCCAUCGCAUCAACACACAGGUCGGUGGGUCGCAUCUGGCUCCCCAGCCUCACUCGGCAAUCGCCUCGGUGUCCCAAGGGUACCAGUCUCCCAGCACCCACCACCAGCCCCAUCCCCAUACGGCACACCCAGGUGGCGGGCAGGCCUACCCGUCCCCAUCUCCUCGCCAGUCGCCGGGCACCGCGCCGAAUUAUCACUACAGCUCGCACCACUCGCAACAGACACCCGUGUCACUCGGACUCGAGACCUAUACGUCGGCGGGGGUUGUCGGGAUGCCAGGCCCUGGUCAGUUGGUGGGCAGCUCGGCUCCGAGCCCACAUCUUGGCCAGGGCUAUCGGCAUGGCAUGGUGAACGAGCCUGGGGCUUGA